CACACGCCCCAUCAUCCUCCACCGACGCCGCCGCCGCGUCUUAUUGCUGCACAGGCCCACCUGGUGCCCCCCUCCCUCCCAGGACGGAACACGCCCCAUCCCGCCUUGAGUGAGGGACUCGCUAACCCCCCUCCCCCGCCUUACCUUUCAAGCACAUUUCCCAUUCAUUUCCUGCCAGCAAUUGUGGGUGCCGGAAUCAAACCGCUCGAAGGAGACACACAGUUCCAGUCCAUUGCCGCUGCUACCGCCGCUGCUGCUGCUGCUGCUGGUGGUGGGUGGGUGGGUGGAUGUGAACGUAAGCAAGAGAAGGAAGCACAGCCUGUUCUUGCGAUAACCUCUGCUCUUUUUUUCCCACACCCUUCCAUCCCCUUUCCUGGCGUAUUCGUUGGCUCGGACCUUCACAGGCUUCAGCGACUUCUCGCGGCGCUGAUUCUACUGCCGCUACUGGUGUCCUACGUCAGCUGUGGUCCAAUAGGACCACGAGGUCCACCAGGAGAGCCAGGCCCACCUGGUUCGCCGGGUCCGAUGGGCUACAUCGGGCACAAAGGCGAGCGUGGUCCCCCGGGAGCUGAGGGUCCAGAAGGCAUCAAGGGAGAGCCCGGCCCCCAAGGACCAUCGGGUCUAGCUGGAACGAUCGGUUUGACGGGAAAUCCCGGAAAGAGAGGACAGAAGGGUGCAAGUGGAGAAUGGGGACUUGCAGGGAUGAGGGGCAUUCCUGGGGUCAUGGGACCCCCUGGAGCCAACGGCACGGAUGGAGCCCCUGGAGAGCCUGGCGAACGUGGACCUAAGGGACUCGCUUGCUCUACAGAUGGAGGUCCACCGGGCGCAGAUGGUGAACAGGGCGAUUAUGGUGAGCAAGGUGAACAGGGUGAAAAAGGAGACGAGGGAGUAGAGGGACUUCCCGGAAUGCGCGGUCCUGAGGGUGAAAAGGUACCGUUUACCUAUUUUUUUGUUUUCUUGAAGGGCGAAAAGGGCCAAACGGGUGAGGCAGGCCCGCCUGGUCCAGACGGUAUCUACACUUACCUCAACCUACUCAAGGGAGAAAAGGGUCUCAGGGGUCUUCCCGGUCUGGACGGGAUUCCUUGCAGGGAAGAGAAGGAAGAAUUGAUCAUAGGCAUUGGUGAACGAGGGAUCCAGGGAGAACCGGGAGAACAAGGUGAGCCCGGAAGCCCAGGUAUCCAUGGUGAGCUCGGACUUACCGGCUUCCCUGGAGAUCCUGGAAAAACUGGUGAAAAGGGACAGCAAGGAGACGUUGGAUUAGAGGGUGAACUUGGAGACAUGGGCGAACCAGGUCGUCAAGGCAAUGUAGGUGACCAAGGACUGGAUGGUCCACAAGGAAUCCCUGGUCCCAAGGGUGGUCCUGGCGAACGAGGUAUUUCCGGUAGAGACGGGGCACGGGGUGAAACCGGCCCUCCAGGUGAACCUGUGGUGUGGGAUUGCAAAAUUACCUCAACUCCGAAGGGGGAGAAGGGCGAGCCUGGUUUCGAGGGACCGAAAGGGAUUCGGGGUUAUACCGGUGACCGCGGUCCGGCCGGUCUGAAAGGCCGACCUGGUGAUCAAGGCGAGAGGGGACCCCAGGGCGAAAUGGGGGAACGGUGCGUUCCUGGCCCGCAGGGGAAGCCUGGUGAACGCGGUGAACCAGGAAAGGACGGAGUGGACGGUUUGCCUGGAUCAGAGGGGGAUCCUGGAGCCGACGGUCUGCCUGGAAUCCCUGGACUUGACGUGGAGGGUCCCAAAGGCGCUCCUGGAGAAACUGGACCCGAUGGCAACCAGGGUCCUCCGGGUGAUCCAGGAGAGGAAGGAGAUGUUGGUGAAAAGGGACCCUCCGGUUCAAUAGGGCCCGACGGUCCGCGUGGUGAAGAAGGCGAUCGCGGUGAUCAGGGCAAACCGGGAAUAGAUGGACCAGAGGGUGAAGUGGGUGACAAGGGUGAAUCGUUUGACCCCAAGAAUUGUCCGCUGUGUGGAGAUGGCCCUCCGGGUCUGGAAGGUGAAUUUGGAGAACCAGGAGAAGAUGGGCUACCCGGUGAUGAUGGGGAACCUGGAGAGCAGGGGCCCCAGGGGGUCCGCGGGCCCAUUGGCCCUGAAGGACUUCAAGGUCCAGAUGGCGAACGGGGCAAACAAGGUGAAAAAGGGUACCCGGGAGAAGCCGGUGAACCUGGAGACCCCCACUACGUGGACCGUCCACCUGAGCGCUACGAGCCCGGCGAUGUCGGUGACGAGGGACCGGAAGGACGUGAAGGCGAAAUUGGAGACCGCGGCGCUGAAGGUGAAGAGGGCGAUGAAGGUCCACAGGGCGAAACCGGCCCCCAGGGCGAGAAAGGACAACAGGGCUUAGCAGGAGACGCUGGACCAACUGGAGCCAAGGGAGAGCCUGGCGAGCCUGGUGAAGACCUUGAUUACCUAGUUGGUGAACCUGGAGAUCGUGGAGAUGACGGUCCAAGAGGACCUCAGGGCGUCAAGGGCGCUGACGGUAGUGAGGGCACCUGCGUUCAGUCCUUCGACACCAAACUUGCACAAAAUGCCCUCGACUUGCUCGGUCCAAAGGGUGAGAAGGGUGACCAAGGCGAGGCUGGACCAGAGGGUCCACGCGGACCUCCAGGGGAAAAGGGAGGUUUCGGUCGCAACGGCGAGCUCGGAGAGCGUGGCGACCGGGGUCCACCGGGUCCAGUUGGACCUGUUGGUGACAGGGGCCCGAGAGGUCCCCAGGGAGCUCCUGGCGCCACAGGCAAGGAAGGACGUCGUGGCGAGGAACCCGAGGGACCACCUGGUGAACCCGGAGAGACUGGUCCGCAAGGUCCAAAAGGCGAAGCUGGUGAAAGAGGUGAUUUAGGUUCACGAGGUCCUCCUGGAGAUCCUGGCAAGCCAGGCGAAGACGGUGAACCCGGUGUGGACGGUGAAGAAGGCGCAAGGGGUGCUGCUGGAGAACAAGGCGAACCUGGACCUCCUGGUCCAGACGGACUGCCGGGAGAACAGGGUCCUCCUGGAGACAAGGGAGAACGCGGUGAACCCAGCACACCGGGAGCUCCGGGUGAGGUCGGUGAAGAGGGUCCAAGAGGUGAACAGGGUCCACCGGGAUACAAAGGGCCCACCGGUGAUCAGGGUUUAUGCGAUAUCGCCGGUAUGCCGGAGUACGAAGGACCCAUGCCAGAAUCCGGCGAUGAAGGCGAGGUUGGGGACCAAGGGCCUCAAGGUGAGCAGGGACCAGAAGGCGAACCUGGCGUGGACAGCACUGAGGAAGGUGAUCAGGGACCCCAAGGACCUCAAGGUGAGAAAGGAGAGCCUGGAGAAGUUGGCGAGCAAGGCCCGGAAGGUCCCGAGGGUCCGGAAGGCGAUCAGGGCCCGCAAGGUGAAAGAGGACCUCGAGGUCCUCAAGGAGAUGAGGGGGAAGAAGGCGAGCCUGGAACCGAGAAAGGCGAUCCUGGAGAACCGGGUCCGUACGGACCGAAGGGUCCGCGAGGUCCGCCAGGCAGUGCCGUUGGAAGCGUCAAAGGCGCGCCCGGUGAAGAGGGUCCAGUGGGUCCCAAGGGCGAGUACGGAGACCAGGGACCCGCAGGAGAGCCUGGAAGGGACGGAGAACCGGGUCAGGAUGGAGUUGGUGAAGAGGGCCCACCUGGUGAACAGGGAGAGCGUGGUGAGGAAGGCGACCCUGGUCCAGAUGGAGAAGAUCCCGUCGACGGUGAAGACGGCGAUGUUGGGGAGGAUGGACUACCUGGAGAACAGGGAGAUCAGGGCCAGCCUGGGGAGCUGGGCGAGGAUGGUCCGCGGGGUGAGGAGGGCCCAAAGGGACCAAUUGGAGAAGUCGGUGAAGACGGGCCAACGGGAGAGCCGGGUGACGAAGGCGACGAAGGAGAGCCUGGAAGUGUCCCCCGACUCUUCAGGGGUGAAACUGGACUCCUGGGUGCCAUGGGCGAAAAGGGUAUCCCGGGGCCCGACGGAGAACCGGGCGACCAGGGCGAACAAGGGAGACAGGGCGGUCAAGGGGAUACGGGGGAAGUUGGGCCUCGUGGAGAACCCGGUGAGCCCGGUGAGGAUGGUGACGUAGGAGAUGAAGGAGAAGUCGGAAAUAGAGGUGAACCAGGUCAAGUAGGCCCCGAAGGCGACGUGGGGGCACGCGGAGUGGUCGGUAUCAUGGGACCGAAGGGUAGACAGGGCCCACGAGGUCCGAAGGGCCGUUCUGUCAUAAGCUGCCCCGCCUCCCUAGACGGCGAGAGAGGCACCACCGGGCCCCCUGGACCCCAGGGACCUAGGGGUCAGCCUGGCGAACCGGGUUAG